CUCCCGAGGCUCCGCCUCUUCCGACAGCCCCCCGCCCCUUCAGCCCACGUGUGGGCCACAGGUGCCUGUCGGGUCUCCCCCGGUGUCCUCUUGUCAGGUCCCGGGGUGUGUGGGUCCCGGCGCGUCCCCGCCCUCUCGGCCAUGGGGGUCCCCAAAAGGAAGGCUGCGGGCGGCCGGGAAGGUGGAGCUACCCCUGCGGGCGCAGCCAAGCGAGCCCGCACCGAAGAGCUCACGGGCGUGCGCUUCAAGACUCAGCUGAGAGACGCGCAGGGUGCGGGGCCGGCCUUGGAAGCAUUUGUUUCUGCUGCCAAGAAGCUACCUCGAGAGGAUGUGUACGAUGUCGUGGAGGGAUACAUCAAAAUUUCUGUCGAGUGUGCCGAGAUUUUCCAGCUUCUGAGUGGGGAGAAGCGCCCUGAAAGUGAGAUGCUAUUAAUAUUUCAAGUUUUCGAGGCCAUAUUAUUGCGGACGGCCAGUGAUCUCUCCCAUUUUCACGUGGUGGGAACCAACAUCGUGAAAAAGCUCAUGAAUAACCACAUGAAGCUCCUCUGCGAGUCCCUGUAUGCCUCGGGUUACAAGAUGGCUCGCGCCUGCCUGAACCUGAUGGCCGCCAUGGUGACCCAGGGUCCCGAGGCCGCCAGGGACGUCUGCAGCCACUUUGAUCUGAAUAAAAAGACCUUGUACACCCUGGCGACCAAGAGGGAUUCAAAGGGAGUGCAUGACGUCCGGCUGGCCUACAUUCAGUUCGCCCUUUCCUUCCUGAUCGCCGGGGACGACAGCACGAUCGUGCAGGUGCUGGAGUUGAAAGAGUUUCUCCCUUGCAUUUUUAGCUCAGGCAUAAAGGAAGAUAGGAUUUCUACCAUCAAUAUUUUGUUAUCCACACUGAAAACAAAGGUGGUUCACAAUAAAAAUAUCACAAAAACCCAGAAGGUACGCUUCUUUACCGGGCAAGUGCUGACCCACAUAGCGUCUCUCUACAACUGGAAGGGGAUUGUCGACGUGAGCCCGGAGCAUGUCGAGGCCUCUGCUGAAGACGCAGGGAAGACCAUGGUGAGGCAGCUGGUUCACAACUUCCUGAUGGACCUCUGCUGUUCGCUCAAGCACGGGAUUAAUUUUUACGACGCGUCUCUCGGUACCGUGGGCAGAGGAGGAAACCUGACUCUCCUGCACUUCCUGUUGGGUUUGAAAACUGCAGCGGAUGACGAGCUGGUCGCCGAACUCGUGGUGAACAUCCUGAAAGUGUGCCCGGACCUCCUGAACAAGUAUUUUAAGGAAGUGACGUUUUCCUUUCUCCCAAGGGUGAAGUCCACCUGGUCAAACAAUAUCAAACUGCUCAACAAGAUCUAUGCCGCCCAGCCGGACAUCUCCCGGGCCUUUCAGACCAGAGAGUUCAUCCCCUUGCCGCGGCUCCUGGCGAUGGUGAUGGUGACCACCGCGCCCCUGGUGUGCAGUAAGAUCAUGUUCACCCAGGCCUUGAACUUGGACAGCAAAUCAGUGAAACACACAGCUCUGUCCCUCAUUUCCGUCAUUCUGAAGAGAGCCCUGAAGACAAUUGUAUGCCUGGAUAAAGAGGCCUGGCAGGAGUCGAGCGUGUACACGGCUGCUGCGAUGGAGGACUUCGUGCGGCUCUUCAGAGAGGCCCUGAGCAAGAUUUUACCCGACCUGAACGCUGUCGUGUGGGUCUGGCAGUCACUCCGAAAGCAGGAGACGGAACAGGAUGACGAGAAAGGGAAGAAAAAAGGCAGCAGGACUCCUGCCUGCGUGCUCCCCAGAGCGAGGCCCCCGGAGGGCGGGGGCAGGCACUGCUCCAUGUCCCCAUUGUUCCGACAAGGACGCGAAAGCACAGGGAGACAGAGUAGCCAUGACGCCGAAACCAUUCUCCUGAAAGCUGCUCUGCUCCAGGUCAUCUGUCUCUACCAGCAGGUGGUCCCGCACGUGGUUAUGCAGUAUAACUUCGACUUCAGCAAGCUCCUGAAAGGUGUCAUCUCCGAGGAGGGCCUUCGCCAGGAGGCGCCACCCAUCCUGCAGCACCACAUCCUGAAGGUGGCACUGGAACUGCCUGCCAGCAAGUUUCUGUGGUUAAAGGCCCAGGAAGGCCCAGAUGCGGAAAUCAUUGGCGGAAAACGGUCCGUGUUUUACUUACUGAUGAAAAUGUUUGUGACCAGCAGCCACUUGCACCUCAAAUCAUCAACCAAACUUCUGAUCGUGAAGAUCCUGCGGGACACGGGCGUGUUUGAGCACACCUGGCAGGAGCUGGACCUGUGGCUGGAGCACUUGGAUGACACGGCGGAGGAGAACAAGGAGGCCGUGAUUCAGUUCUUGGAGCGAGUGCUUCUGACAUUGGUGGCAAAUCCCUAUUCGUACACGGACAAAGCCUCUGACUUUGUCCAGGAAGCCAGCACCCUGCAGGCCACCACGACAAAGCAGGACGCCGAUGACGUCAGCAUUCCCAUCUCCCACAUUGACGAUGUUCUCGACAUGGUGGACGUCCUGGUGGAGGGCAGCGAAGGCUUGGAUGAGGAGAUCGGAGUCUCCCUGAGUGAAGACAUGGUCCUGCUCACGUUCCCGUUCAGUGCGGUGGUCCCCGCAGCCCUGGAAGCCAGGAAUAAGUUGCUCCUUGGGGCCGAAAAUGAAGCAGGCGAAGGCGUCGUGGCGUACCUGACAGGCGUGCUGACGGACCUCCUCCACACCCAGAGAGACCCGCUGGCCCUGUGUCUUCUGCUUCAGUCUUACGACAAGUUGGAGCCUCCGGUCCCGCCUUACUGCCGUCAGCUGGCCCAGUUCAACAGAUACUACAGCCUCUGGAUCCCGGAGCCAGCCCGAGAGGCCCUGCCACUGCAGACGUCGGGCAGCCCAGCAACCCCAGUGCCCCCGGCCCCCUCCUUCUCCACCCUGCUGCAGUCGGCCUACGCGGGCCAGGGCGCGCUCCCACUCCUGGACGAGGGGGUUCAGGCGCAGCUGCAGGCCGCCCUCCCACACCUCCCGAUGCACCAGGCCCUGCGCUCGGCCAAGCACCUGCUGCUAUACGUCCGGAGCACCGUGGAGAACUUCGGCCAGCUGGGUAGGAGUACAGGGCCUCGCCUGCUGCAGCUCCUCCUGGACCUCCUCAGGCGCCUGCUCGUCCACUGUGAGCAGCUGGAUGCCCAGAACCAGCAGCAGUGCCAGGCCGCCCAGGCCGAAUCCGACCUCUUUUUGGAUAUGGAGUCCGUGGCCUCGUGGGAUCUGGCCAAUGACAAGACCCUGGAGCAGGUGCUCGUGGCCAUCCUCAGACAUCCCACGCUGGAGGCCUGGUUCCUGGCCCUGGAGCAGCAGGCCCUCCCUCCGCACACCCUCAGCCCCAUCCUCGUGAAGCUCCUGGCGGCCCAGCUCAGCGCGGGGGUCCUGCCGCUACUGGUGGCGAGUGCCCCCAUCCUCCGGAGCAUCGGUCAGCUGGGCCUCCUGGCCAGGUACUCAGAGGCCAUCACCCAGAGCGUGCUCAGAGAGCUGCGGAACCGGAGGGCCAGCUCGGCCACACCGCCACCAAAGACCCUUCCCCAGCUGGAAGCCCUGCAGGCGCUGCAUCCGUACAUGGAGGGCACCCAGCUCCGGGAGGUCACCCUGGCUCUGCUGAGCCUGCCUGAGGCCCACCUCGUAGCCCAGCGGCCCACCAAGUCCCCCAAGAAGGAGAGGCACCUGAGCGCUCUUGGGAAAACCCUGGUCCAGCUGCUGACCAGCAGCCCUGAGGAUCAGCUGCAGAGUGGCCAGCUCCUCUGGGCCUCUGAGUACAUGAGAAGCCUGGGCGCUCUGCUGCCCACGCUGGCCGUGGAUGAGCUGGACGCCGUGCUCCUCCACGCGCUGCAGAGAGAGCCCGCACUGGCCCCCGUGCUCAGGGUUGACCUGCUGGACUACUGCCUGGCCCGGCGGACGCGGGCGGCCCUGGACGCCGUGGCGCUGCUCCUGCAGCACAGCUGUCCCCACCUGCUGUGGUUUGAGAGCUGGUGCAGGCGGGCCGGCUCGGGGCCCUGCCUGCAGGAGGCCCUGGACGACUUCCUGCCCCUCAUCCGUGUGUACCUUCAGUGCAGGACUCAGGGACCCUUCACGCGCCCCGCAGGAGUGUCCUCGGCCGUCAUUCCUGUCCUGAGGAAGGCCCUGUGGAGGCCGCUGCAGACCAGGCUUCUCAGGGCUGAUGGGCCCCCAGAGUCGGGGCUGCAUCAGGAGAUCCUGGCCCAGCUGGUCCCAUUUGCAAGAGCCAAGGGCCUCCAUGUCCUCAUGGACCGCUUGCCCAGCUUGCUCCAAGCUCCAGACUGUCACAAGAGCUGGGUCGUGGCCGACGCCAUCUCGGCCGUUCUGGAAGGGUCGGCAGAAGAGCUGCGUGACUGGAAGAAGACUCUGCUUGAGGUCUGCGUACAGUGGCUGGUGGCGUCCUUCGGUGGCAGCCAGCACGGCGAUGGUACCCAGGACCAAGAGAAGCAGAUGCUGUUGAGAUUAAACGAACUGUUGAAUUCACUUAAUGAAGUUGAUCCUGGUGCCUGGCAGAAAUUUGUGAAGACUGGGCUCAAAUUUCGGUAUCAGGACUGUGCCUUUCUAAAGGCCCUCUGUGCCGCCGUGGAGCGCCUGUAUCUCCCGGGAAGCUCCGUGCGCCCGCAGCUCACCCAGCUCCGAGUAAUCCACAUGAUGCUCACGCAGCACUCCCUGUUCCUGCCGACUCUGCUGAGGACCGGCGAGGAGGGCAGCCCCGACAGUCCUGUGAGAGAAGCGCUGGUGGACCUGAUGUCCUUGCUGGUGAGGCUGUGCCCCUCUGUCUGCGAGAACAGCCACUUCGCGGUGCUCCUCGGGGCCUACGGCGCCUCGCUCAGCGUCCUGGACCAGAAGAUUUUACUUCUCCUCCGGGCGUAUGAACGGAACAACCUCAGCCUCAUCAACUUCAGGGUGCUGCUGUGGGGCCCCGCGGCCGUGGAGCAUCACAAGACGUGCCGGAGCCUGGGCACGUCGCUGUGGAAGCAGCCGAGCGUCGGGGACAUCCUCCGCCUGCUGGACCGGGACCGCGUGAUGAGGACCGUCCUCCACUUCCCCCAGAAGCGGAGGCUGCUGCCCCCCGAGGACGCACAGGAACCCAUUUUCAAAGACAGGAGCACAGUGGACCUCAGUGACCUCUACGACCCCUGUUUUCUCCUUCAUCUCUUCAGUGAAUUGACCAGGCCAGAAUUUGUGGUGGAUUGUCGCAAAUUUGUGGAUUCAAAUGCCCUGGGCCUAACGGUCACGGCCCUCAGCAGCUACGACCCCCAGAUGCGAGCCGCGGCCUACUCCGUCCUGGCGGCCUACUACUCCCACGUGGAGGGGGCGCGGUUCCGGGAGCAGUCCCAGGUGCUGUACCUGCUGGACGUGGUCCGGAACGGGAUCCGAACUCCGAACAUGAGACUCACCUUCACCUUGACGCUCUUCAUUGCCAAGGCAGCCUUGCAGAUUUUGAAACCAGAGGAGCACAUGUACUUGAAGGUGAACAAGUUCCUGCUGUCCCACGAGAACCUGAACAUGAACAAGGUUCCAGGCUUCUACCAGUUCUUCUACAGCUCGGACUUCGAGCAAAAGACGGAACAGGAGUGGGUGUUUGGGAUUCUGCGCCAGGGGAUGCGGGACAAGCACUGCUACGAGCUCUGCGCCAGGCGGGGCGUCCUCCACGUCGUCCUGUCCUUCUUCAGCAGCCCGCUGUGCGACGACACGGCCAGGAAUUGGAUUUUGGAAAUUCUGCAGAGUGCCGCCCGGGAUGCCAAAUCUGCCUAUGAGAUCCUGCGGGACUACAGCCUCUUAACGUGGAUUCUGCACAUCCUCGAGAGCAAGUUUCUGGAGACUCAGCUGCUCUGCAACGUCAUCUCCCUGCUGCACACGCUGUGGGUGACCAACCUGGGGGACAAAGGAGAGGAGGUGGGGGAGCAGCCUCCUUGCACGCUUGGGUCCCAGGAGCCCCCGAAGCUGCUGGCCCUGCACAUGGUCAACGAGUUCCUCUACGUUCUCCUUGCACUCACGAAGCACCUGAGGCCCACCCUGGCCUCGGCCCAGCUGGCCGACUUCUUCGGGGCGCUGGACUCCGUGCUGAGGUACCGGGCCACCGUUCUGCAGGCCUUCAAGGCCAUGAACCGCUUCACCGUGAACGAGACCGUGCUGUCCACCAGGGAUGUCCUCGUCCUCCUGCACAAGUGGAGCCUCAUCGAGAAGGAUGUCCGGCUCCAGGAGGACCUGAGAGCUACCGCGGAGAAGCACCAAGUCAGGGAGCUGCUGAAAAUGCUCAAGGAGAAGAACAAGCCCGUCGUGCCAGCCCGAGCCAAAGGCCGGAAGAGGAGGCCCGGGGAGGUGGAGGAGGCAGCCGACCCCGAGCUGCCGGCGUCCACCUUGGAAGCGUGCAAGGGCCACGUGCGCUCCAUCCUGACCCACUGGGGCCCGGCCUUCCCCGGCCCGGGAUCCGAGAGCGAGGCCGCGGGCCCCGUGUGCGCCGUCACCUCCCUGGUGGCCGUCUGGCUGCUGCGCUCGGCGGCCCAGAGCCCGCCCAGCGGAGCCGAGACCGCGGGCCUCCUGCGCUGGCUGCGGAGCCACGUGCUGCCGCGGCCGGCCGUCGCGGGCCACCUCCUCGGGGAUGACUCCGUGCGGAGCGGCCUCUUUAGGCUGUACAGCCGGCUGGGCGGCGCCCAGGGGCCGGCGGGGCCCGAGCAGAGCGUGGCCUGCCUGUUCAACGAGGUCAUGCUGCAGCUGGUGGCCGCCCGGGGCCCUGUGGGGACCCCCCUGCAGCUGGCGGUGGAGGCCCUGCACCGCUCUUCUCUGCACGAGGAGGAUGAGGCCGAGCGAGCCACCGCAGCAUUCCUGGUGUCGCUGUACAUUAAGGACAUCUGGCUGGGGGCCCAGCGCCCUGAGAGCCUCUUGACCCACGUCCGGAUGGUCCUCGAUGCCACAGAGGACCGGCAGGCUGGUGACGAGGAGCCCAUCAUCAGGCUCUGCAGGGACCUCACCGCGGCCGCCCCCGACGCUUGACCCCCUGCCAGCCUGCUCCUCUGGCUCCAGGUUGUAGGAGUUGGGUUGAGUCACGGAGGCCCUGCGAGAUGAUGAGCUCUGUGUAUUGACUGGGUGUCCUGACCAGAAAAGUCGGCUCAAGGGACCGUGUGUGAGAAGUGGUCAGAGUUACAGUGGGUUGGGGACCUUCGAGCCCUGAGCCCCGCUCAGGGAAGACCCUUCCUCUUAGAGGUUCACUGUUCCUCAGAAAAAUACCUCAAAUUGAGGUAGCACUUCUGAGCGCUUAAGGGAUUCAUGGAUACUAAAGCUGCAAUGUUGAAAAAUCUAUCAGAGAUGUUUCAGGUUUUCUUUUUAUAAGAAGUCCUAGCUAAGCUUCGUGUAACUUUUUAAAGAAAUAAGCCCUGCCAGUAUUGUGUUAAUUAUUUUCUUAAAUAAAAGGAUGUUAACACUGAAUCCUUAAAGUAUAAAACUGUUUUGACUUCUGCUUUGGAAAGACAGCCUGUAUUUUCUAAAAUUGUGUUUCAAAAAGGGGAUUGUAAAUUUCAUAACUCAUUAAUAAAUGUCUAUUUUUCUUAGG